GGGAAUCCGCCCGGCGGAGAUCAUCCAGUUCCCUGUCAAGUCGGGGACCUCAGUUAUGCAUGGCACCCUUCAUCCUGUCGGCUUCAUGAGGGGGGUCAUGGCCCCGAAGGAUAGGUCAGUGCUGGCCCGCCUCGGGGAUGACAUCCUCGAUUAUAAAGUCGCGAGCUACAGCACUAUGGCUGCCUUGGCUGCUUCUGAGCAGGCCCGAAGGGUUGAGCAGCUGAGGAUUGCCAAGUGCCAGGCGGACGAGGCCCUGAAAAAAGCUGAUGAGGAGAAGGUCACCCUUAGGCAGAGGGUUGCUGAUGUAGAGGCGAGCCUUCGGCUGGAGAAGGAGGCCACGGAGCAAAGGCUCAAAGAUGCUGAGGCCAGGGGGAAAGCCGCAGCCGAGGAAAUUGCCGCAGUCGCCGCCAAGACCGCCGCCGAGGCCGCCGAUAUCGCCAAGGCCGAAGCGGUAGCUAAAGCUGAGAAGAAGGUCGUCGAGUCUUUUCUUGCCGAGGGCUGGAUGGCAGCUGAUUACGAGGGUUGGGUGGCCUCGGUGAUGGAGAAGAGGGUGGAUGCUUGGACCCAAGGCCCCGGGGCUAUGUGGCUGGCCCGGAAAGGCAAGGAUUACUACGAUGGCGGGGAGUUCUUCACUCAACGCUUAGUGUACCGGAGGCUGGCCCGGCAUUUGAAGAUAGAGCCAAAGGAUUUCAACCCCGCGGCGUAUGGUCUCCCCCUCCUUCAGCCAGACGUUAGAGUGCCACUUCCCCCGGGCGAAGAGAGACCAGAUCUCGAAGACUCGGAGCUGCUGGCAGAAGCCGAGGAUGCCGAGGAGGAGGUUGGGGAUGGCGCUACCUCCGAGCCGAAAGUUGAUGCGGCCCAAGGAACUCAGACUUAGGAAUUUUUUGAUGCAUCAUUUUGUAAUAGCUUGUAGCUUCCGGCUUCUGCCAUGUAACGCAAACCAAACAUUUUGUUGUUACUUUGAAUAUUGGUUUUUGCUAAUGAAUGAUUGUGCCUUCGGGCUUUUGCGAAUGAA